AUUGCUUUUAAAAGGUUUAGUGCUACAAAAUGGAGAAUAUAAUUGAGGAUUUAAAUAUUGAUGAUUUAGAUUGUGAAAUCACCAAUCAAUAUUUAUAUAUGAUGGCUAAGAAAAUGGAAGAAAAUUAUCCACGUGUAAUUAGCAAUGUUUCCCUCCCUUCCCUAAACUUGGAUGAUUACUUGACACAGGAUUUAAAUGCAGAGUUUAACCCAUCCUUAUCAAUCGAUACUUUGCUUUCAGAAUUGGAGGCAUACUUAAAUCCGUCUUCAUUUGGACAUUCUAUUGAUCAAUUUAAAGACAAUUCAAAUCAACCAAGAGCCAAUCAUUUUAAAGAUAAUCCAUCAUCAUCCGAUCCUUCAACAUCUGCUCCUUCUAAGCAAUUAAUAUCGCAAAGUAAAGCAUUUGUUUAUAAACCUGCAAGGCUUCGUCAUCGAAAAAUAUAUAAGAAACCUGCUACCAACGAGAAAAGAAAAUACCGACAAAAAAAAAUUUAUUUUUCUCAUUUUUAUAUCUAAUGGAAUUUUUUUUUUAUUCUUACAUAACAAUCCCAGAUAUCAUAUUUAACUGAAAAACACUCUCAUGGUUCUAGUUUUUUUGAGCGGAUAUUUUUAUAG